AUGAGAAAGUACGACAAACUACAACAGAAAGCCACGGACGAAACAUUGACGCUGGACAGGCGACGGACAGUGGUCAACCUCUCCAGCCACACCUUGAGCGAAGCAACCACAGCAAUUCUGGCCAAGGGGAUGAAUUUCGCAGUCGCACCUAAGCGAGUUCCAAAAGAAGAUAUCAUAGAAUCCGUAGAGGCUUCGGUACGUCAUCUGCCACAGGCCGAGGCGGAGAACAUCCGGCAGGAAACGGUCAGAGUUCUGAAUAAAGCAAAGCCACCGAAGCAAAACAUCAACGCUGAGGAAUACCAUGCCAUCAAGGAACUCAGGGACAACCCCCACUUAGUAGUGGUACAGGCAGAUAAGGGCAACGCCACUGUAGUCCUGGACACAACUGAUUACAACAAACAAAUGGAAGAUAUUCUCGCAGAACCUAUCUACAAGAAACUUCAGGGAGAUCCGACGGCCAAGGGGGCACGUAAGACGGUGCUCGUCGGUGUCUUCGGGCUGACAGUCAGGGCAGAGUGGGGAGGUGGCCACUCCUAUGCGAUAAAGUCGACUAUUAGUCGGGAAUUUUCCAUAGACUAA